AUGAGCAUUUUCGAGCCUUGGAAAGCUUUAGAAUAUUGUGAAAAACAAGCUAGCUCUCUUGAUAUUGGAGUUUCUCUUCAUGGAAAAUUCAUUCCUGCUGAGCUUCGGCAGUUCUAUUUUGUAAUCCACUCAUUCAGACUAGAACUCUUAAAAGCUCAAGAAACAGUGACAAAUCCAACUCUUAAGGCUUCUAAGCUUGCAUGGUGGCUUUCCAAUCUUAACGAUAUAUGAGAAUUAAGACCAGCCAGAGAGCCUCUAUCAAUAUCCCUUUGUGAGCUCAGAAAAUACUCUACUGUAAGAAAAAGCCACUUUGAAAGAAUGAUAAGAGGUAGGCUUCAAGACCAAGAAAUUAAGACUUGGCAACAUUUUGAUAGGUUUAUUGACAAUAACUACACAAUGACUUUUUAUAUUUUGCUUGAAUUAUUUGGGCUUUUUGGAGAAACAGAAUUUACAGCUGCAACUUUUGCAGGCCGAGCUUGGGGUGUCAGCGAUUUAUUGCUGCUAUCCAAACAUUAUACAGUAAACGGCAGAUUUUAUUUCCCAGAAGAGCUUUUAACAAAAUACAAGCUGCCUCUAAGUGUAGCAGUAGAUGACUUAGACCAAAAAGAAAAAAUCCCUGAGGAAUUUUUUGACGUAAUUUUAGAAGUUGCCGCAUAUGGUAAACAGAAUAUGGAAAAAGCGAGAGAAAUGCUGCCAAACCUACAGAAACACACAAAUAUUGCAUUUUUGCCACUAUCACAAUGUGACCAUUUUUAUGGCGAGCUAGAGAAAAGGAAUUUUGAUAUUUUUAAAAUCAGCAAUAAUUCUCUACCUUGGACUAGGAUUUUGCUAAGUAUGAUUCGACAUGUGAGAGCAGGAACUUUUUAA